AAACUAUUGAACUUGUAGCUUUACUCGGAUUUGGGUUGGGCUUAGACGAGAGAGAUUUGCACAAAUUCUCCUAGGUCAUUUAAAUAAUACCUCGGCCGGCCGCAAGCUAUCUAUAAACGCCCACAAUUGAUAGUUUCAACUUUGAAGGAAACCCAAACUUUUGUGAGAAGUAAGAAUAUGGAGAACCCGAAGGGCGAUGCAAAGGAUGGAAAAACUCUACCCAGGCAGAAAAGCGGGAAGCUUGCGCCAAGUGGGCCUCUCUAUGAGUUUGACUACUAUGACGAUGUUCUUGGUGAUGAUGACGACGAUGGAAUGUCGGUAGAUGAAGAUGAAUUAGAAGCGGAUGAACAUUUGUCUCCUCUUACCAUAAUAUAUGAAAGAGAGCAGACGCAGAAGGAGCUCUUGGAUCUGGUCCAGCACCUCGUAAACGAACAUCCCGAACUCAUCCCAUCAGCAAAAGAACUUCUGGAGGCCCUUCAGACUGAUGAAAACAAGCAUGCUCAAAAAGCGAUGGAGCUUUUGAAAAACCCACACGUUCGCCAAGGUUUCGUGGAAAUUUUUGCUGAGGGUUACGCUGUUCUCAGGUGUGUAGACAUGCUGGCAGAGAAUGCGCUGGAGGGCAGAACGGUUGCUAAUAGGGUGGCUCGUAUUAGACGAGAUCCCUUGUUGUUUAAAUGUGUCUCGGGCAAAGAGGACGUGGAUAUAAUGGGGGGAGCCUUGCGCAUUUUAGUCGGGUACUGGAUUGAUCGAAGACUGGAAAGAUGGCUUAGUGAACGGGCCUUUAACCUCAGUACUCCCCCCCAAAUUCGCAGCAAUACACUAGUCCGCCCCCGUAUUAGGGCUACAAACAAGAUGUCUCAGAUGGAGUUGGCUUCGCUGUGGGACUGCUUAAUUUAUAUUUAUGCUUUUUGUGUUGUGUAGUUGGGCAUACCAACUCUUUGACAUGUUCUGCAUUACCAGGAUAGGAUAUUCUGAAUCCUUAUGAAUAGUUAGAUGCAGUUUUUUUCAAUACUUGCGUAUGCCGUUUUAUUAAUUAUUCCAUGUUUUGUCAAACACAUAUAUAAAUAUAUA